AUGAGACUCGUCCUUUCAACUGCCCUGUUAUCCCUCGCUGGAUCAGCCAUUGCUGAGGAAGCCAUUGUCGGUGGAACCCAGGCCGCAAAUGGAGAAUUCCCUUACCAAGUUUCCGUUCAAACCUCCUCCCAUAAAUGCGGUGGAUCUAUUAUCGACAACGAUCAUAUCCUAACUGCCGCUCACUGCGUGGAUGGGCUGUCCGCAGGUCGCCUGAGAAUUCGGGCGGGCUCCAACCAGCACGCCUCGGGUGGGAAGCUGGUCAAGGUGGCUAAAGUCACGCAACACUCGGAGUUCGACGCGAAAACACUCAAGAAUGACAUCGCUGUCCUCAAGUUGGCCUCAAGCCUAGACUUUGGGCCUACCAUCUCCGCUGUGGAACUUCCAUCUUCAGUGGACGAUGUGCCGCCGGUGGGGACCAGGUGCUCUGUCACUGGCUGGGGGAGUACGUCUGCUGGAGGCUCUCCUCCAUCCAACCUCUUAGUCGCGUACGUCGAUAUUGUUGACCACGAGAAAUGCGUGGAGGAAUAUGCGGAUCGCAGUGAAGUUGAUGACUCCAUGAUCUGUGCUGGUGUCAAAGGUGGAGGGAAGGAUGCUUGCCAGGGAGACAGUGGUGGCCCACUUGUUGAUGCUAGCUCUAAGAAGCAGGUUGGAGUUGUUUCGUGGGGCUUUGGAUGUGGACAGCACAACCGAGAUGGUGUUUAUGCUAGCACUGCAGCUUAUCUUGACUGGAUUCAGGGGGCCGUUCUAGUAGUCUAG